AUGUCGUUGGAGGAUAGCUUGUGUUUUCAGAACACGCCAGACAGCCACCACGUUGACGACCACUACAACGUUGACGAUGACACUGAGAACGAAGCUUUUGUCGUGGGCAGAGCGUUGACGGCUAUCGUCGACAUCGGGUCGAACGGCAUCCGGUUCUCCAUUUCCUCGAAGGCGCCCCACCACGCGAGAAUCAUGCCGUGUGUCUUCAAGGACCGGUUGGGCAUAUCGCUCUUCGAUGCGCAAAUUAACGACGACAAUGAGAACAACGGGCUGACCAAGAAGCCCAUUCCGGACGACGCCAUACGGGAGAUCAUUCGCUCGAUGAGGCGGUUCAAGUGGAUUUGUGAGGAUUUUGGCGUUCCUUCGAACGGAGUUAAAGUUGUCGCCACGGAGGCCACGAGAGUGGCAUCGAACUCGCAGGAGUUCAGAGACAAAAUCUAUGAGGCUACGGGCUGGAAGGUCACACUUCUCAGUAAGGAGGAGGAGGGCAUCACCGGUGCGUACGGAGUGGCUUCCUCGUUCCACGAGGUGUCUGGGCUUUUCAUGGACUUGGGUGGUGGAUCGACACAGUUGAGCUGGAUCAUCUCCAAGAAUGGUGAGGUGAAGAUCAGCGAACACUCGGUCUCCUUGCCCUACGGUGCCGCGGCCCUCUCGCACCGCAUGAAGCACGAGGACAUCAACGACUUGUUCCACGAGAUAAAGAGCUCCUACCAGGUUGCGUUCGAGAAGAUAGGUCUUCCCCAGGUCCUUAUCGACGACAUAGAGAAGAACAAUGGAACAAAGCUGUUCUGUUGCGGUGGUGGGUUGCGAGGCUUGGGUCACUUGUUGAUUGCCAACGAGCCGGAUUACCCGAUUCAAACCAUCAUCAACGGCUACUCUGCGACCUUCGAGAAGGUGGAGAGCAUGUGCAACUACUUGCUGUUAAAGAGAAAGGUCCCCCGGUUUGAAAACUUCAAGGAGAAGGAGUCAAAGAUUUUCUGCGUCUCAAAUCGUAGAGAACAGCAAUUACCAGCCGUUGGUUUGUUAUUGUCUGCAGCCUUUGAGUCUUUGCCGAGAGUCAGAACGGUUCACUUCAGUGAAGGUGGUGUCCGUGAGGGUGUCUUAUACUCAAUGUUCUCUAAAGAGAUCAAAGAGGAGGAUCCGAUAAUCACUGCAACAAGGCCGUAUGCUCCGCUUUUGGCACACAAAUACAUGGAUCUACUCAAAACCGGAUUACCUUCUGCUUAUGAUGGGAUCGUGCCUAUCGAGAUUGCCAACCGAAUAAUACCAGCAUUGUGCAAUAUAGCGUUUGUGCAUUGUUCAUAUCCAAAGGAAUUGCAACCUACGGCAGCAUUGCAUGUUGCCACGUCCGGUAUCAUUGCAGGCUCGCAUGGUUUGUCACAUAGAACAAGAGCGUUGAUAGGAAUUGCGCUUUGUGAAAGGUGGGGAGCCGAGUUACCGUCCAGUGAGAGCAACUACUAUGCCAGUUUGGAAAAAUUGGUGAUUGAUUCUGCUCCUCGUCGUGGGGAAAAGAUGAUUUACUGGACCAAGCUAUGCGGCAAGAUGAUGCAUGUGAUUUGUGGUAUUCAUCCUGGUGGUAACAUCAGACCGGGAUCUUUGUCAUUCCAGUUCAAAAAUGAUUCCGAGCUAAUCACCAACGAGACAUCGGAAGAUGAGGCGAAGGACAACGGCAAAAAGGACAAAGAUAUCAAAAACACGUUGAUCAUAACGCUACCUUACGAUGGAGUGAAAUACAGCUACAGUAUCAAGAGUAGAGCUCUCGGGUUCCAGAAGAAGAUAAAGAAGUUGAACAAAAUGUAUUCAUGCAUCGGCAAAGUGAAGGUGGUUGUUCAACAUGAUAACAUUUAA